AUGGCCUUCUCCCAGGCCGCAGCUAUUCCUGAGGUCUGGCUGACAGCCUAUCAUCUGUUGCACUUUGUAGAUAUGGAGUCAGUCACAGCAAUAUUGAGGAAGGAAAUUCUGAGAGAAACCUUACCUGAAGAACCAGAUUUAGUGGUUAUUUUAGCCCCUGGUAAUAACCUCACCAAGAGCAACACUAUCGAGCAAGCUGGCAAGGAAUUUGCCACCCUUAUCCACUCGGCACAGCAUAGGUGUAGUGCCUGGGUGGUAAUAUUAGAUUUUCCGACCCGGCUUACUGUUGACCUUGGCCUUCAAGAUCUGUUGCGUCAGGAAUACCAUCGCUGUGCAGCCCGAAUGAAGGUCCGAUACCUCUCAAUAUCUGAACACUUCCCCGUCACAUGCUCAGAACUGUGUACUGAUGGUGUACAUCUCAGUGAUGACUGUGGCAUGCCUCUCCUUGCACAGCUCAUGUGGUGUGCAGCUUACCAACAACUGUUUGCUGCACAAGAGACCAAACCAGCAACAACAGGUUUACAGAGCAAGAAACCUGGCCUCACUCCACGUCUGGUUGUGAGAGGGUCAACACCAGUAAUCAGCAGCGCUGAUCCUUUCGAGUGGGCAGAGGUGAAGCAUGGUACUACCAAGAAGGCAGCGGAGGAGCUAUUCUUGGAGAUGACUCUGUAAAGUGUUAAAACUUAAUUUGUGUUGUUUUAAUUUGAUGUUCUUUGGCAUUGGCCAAUAAAAAAUGCAAAACAAUCUGAGUGAUCAUCAGUUCGGUGCUAUUACAUUUCAA